AUGAAGAGCUCAGCAGUGUAUUUGAAGGGCCGAAAUGUCCAAGAAAAUCAGUUUGUUAAAAUGGGAGCUUACCAUACACUACAAGUUUCUAUAAACGACAAAUUCACGAUUUCCAAAGCCGAAUGGGAUAGUGUCAACAUCAUGUUAGUGGAACAAGCUGCCGAUCCGACUCAACAAGCUGAUGUUGCUGCUGUGAUCAUGCAUGAAGGCUUAGCCUAUGUUUUCCUUAUAACAAGUACCACCACUUUGGUCAGAGCAAAAAUUGAGACGAUCAUUGCCAAAAAACGUCCUGGACUCCCUGUUACACAGCAUGAGAAAGGUCUUACUCGCUUUUUUGACCAGAUUAUGCAAGCCUUGGAAAGACAUAUUCGUUUUGACAUUGUUAAGUGUGUUCUAGUUGCCAGCCCUGGAUUUUUGCGAGAGCAGUUCUUUGAAUACUUAUUCCAAACCGCACAGAAACAAGAAAAACGUCUUUUUCUUGAUAACAAAGGCAAGUUUAUGCUGGUUCACGCCUCUUCUGGCCACAAGCAUGCCUUGAAAGAAAUUCUCACCAAUCCGUUAGUCAUGUCCAAAAUGUCCAACACAAAGGCUGCUGCAGAAGUACAAGCUUUAGAAGAUUUCUAUCAGAUGCUCAAAACAGAUCCAUCCCGUUCUUUUUAUGGUGUCAAACACGUUGAGGCUGCCAUGAAUGCAAUGGCGAUUGAAACGUUACUUAUUUCGGAUGCUCUUUUUCGUUCGCGAAAUAUUGAAGAGCGACGUAGAUAUGUUGCCCUUGUAGAUGCUGUGAAGGAGAGUCAAGGAACAGUGCGAAUAUUCUCUAGUUUGCAUAUUUCAGGAGAACGUAAGGGUUUAUAUUGUGUUCUUUUAUUUCUAUAUAAUUGCUUCUAUCACCACGUCCUUAUUUCAUAA